AUGGGUCAGAGGUUGUCUUUAUUGGCACCAUCUGCUCCAACAGUGGCUAUAUCGUCCUACAUCGAUGCAAUAGAAAACUAUCAAUAUAUUGAAAUACUAAAUAAUUCGAGAUUCCUUAAAACAAUCAAAGCUAUUGAUAAGACAACAGGUCAAUUGGUUAUUAUAAAAUUAUUGAUAAAACCUUCCACACCAAAUUAUACAAUUCAAUUACAAAAUGUAUUGGAGCUACUAGUUAAACAAUCUUCAAUUUUAUAUCCAUAUAAAAAUAUUUUGACGGGGUAUAAAUUAAUUGAAACUGAUAGAGCUGGAUAUAUGAUUCGAGAAAUGGCAAAAAUUAACUUAUAUGAUAGAUUAUCACUAAGACCAUUUUUAGAACCAAUUGAAAAAUUAUCAAUCACAUUCCAACUACUUAAAAUUAUAAAUGAACUACAUUCUGUAAAUAUUCAUCAUGGAGAUUUAAGAUUAGAAAAUAUAUUAGUAACAUCAUGGAAUUGGAUAUUAUUAUCAGAUUUUGCAAGCUUAAUAAAACCAACAUAUUUACCAGAAGAUAAUCCAAAUCAAUUUUUGUUUUAUUUUGAUAGUUCAGAUAGAAGAGUUUGUUAUAUAGCGCCAGAAAGAUUUUAUAAUCGUCAAGAUAACCCCAAGAACGUACUGAAUAUUAAUGAUGAUGGGACUUUUAACCUAAAGAACAGUGUUACUGAUGAAAUGGAUUUGUUUAGUUUGGGGUGUGUCAUUGCUGAAUUGUGGACUGAUGGUGAACCUAUUUUUACAUUAUCUCAAUUGUUUAAAUAUAUGAAAAAUGAUUAUGUUCCUGAUUUAUCAAGUAUUCAAAAUCCUAAAAUUAUUGAAAUUAUAAAAAAAUUAUUAAAAGUUAAUCCAAGUGAUAGAUCAAAUGCAAGGGAAUUACUAGAAGAAUAUAAAGGUUCUUGCUUUCCCGAAUAUUUUUAUACCUUUCUUUAUGAAUUCAUGGAAAAUUUUAAUACUCAUGAUGAUAGUGAUUCCAAGUUGCAAUAUGUAUAUGAACAUUUUGGAGAAAUCAGUAAUUCUCUCAAAUUUAAUUAUGCUGAGUCGAAAGAAGUGGACUCUAUACUACCUAUAAGAUUGAAUUUACCAACUAUGCCACAUAACUAUAGAAUUAAACCUAAAAAAGAAACUGAUGACUCAGCAUUAGUAGUACUCAAUAUGGUUACUUCAUUGCUAAAGACUUUGAGAUUUGUGGAGUCAAAACAAAAAUUUUGUGUAUUAGUACUAGCACUAUCCGAACAGAUUAACGACGAAGCCAAGCUAGAUAGAUCAUUACCAUUCUUAUGUUCAUUAUUGGAUGAAUACAUAGAAUCACCACAUGAAUCAUCAGCAAAAGUUGUUUGCUUAGCAUUAUAUUCAAUUACUUCCUUGGUAAUGUCAUGUUCAUAUAUCACACCGAUUAAUGUAUUGCUAUUUCCAGAAUAUAUAUUACCUAAAAUCAAUAAUUUACUAAUAGUUAAAAGUAAUUAUCAAUCACAAAUACUAAUAAGUUCAACUAUUGCACUUUGCUUACCAUCAUUAGCUACCGUUGCCAAAAAGUUUUGGUCUAUGUCUAAAGCAUUCACUAAUACAAAUGUAUCAAGCACUACUCAAAUACCCAUACCUACAAUUCAAUUAACAAAAGAUCAAUUAGAUCAAAAAUUUAAAGAUAUAACUAUAUCGUUGCUAACAGAUCCAGAAUCAUCAGUCAAAAUUAGCUUACUUGAAAAUAUUUUACCACUUUGUCAAUUUUUUGGUAAAGAUAAAACAAAUGAUAUAAUUUUACCACAUCUAAUAUCAUACCUUAAUGAUCCAGAUGCAAAUUUGAGAUUAGCUUUCCUUUCAUCGGUUUUGAAAAUUGGUCCGUUUAUUGGAGUUUUAUCAUUUGAGCAAUAUUUAUUACCUUUAUUAAUUCAGACUAUAAGUGAGGGAGAACAAUUCGUUGUAAUAAAAGUACUUGAAAUAUUUAAUGCAUUUGUUCUGCAAAAAUUAAUAAACUCAAAAUUGGAGUUUAAUGCAUUGGAAAUAUAUACAGAAUUAUUAUCAAAUUCUAUUUAUUUGCUACUUCAUCCUAAUGAGUGGAUUAGACAGUCUGUUAUAAACUUGAUUAUAUCAAUUAGUCAAAAUUUAGACGAUGCUGACAGAUAUUGUUUCCUUUAUCCUUUAAUUAAAAGCUUUUUACAAUAUGACAUAUUUGAGAUUAAUUGGACCUCAUUAUAUCCAAGCUUAGCUAAACAAUUAAAUAAACAAAUAUUUGAUCUUGCUAUUACAUGGGCUUUAAAAUCAACAAAUAAAUCAUUGUUCUGGCAGGGCAAAAGUAAUACAAAAGCUAUAUCAUUAAAUACUAUGGGGAAAUCUGUUUAUUUGCCAAAAGUUAGUUCAGUGUCAUACAAAAACAAAGAAACUUCACCAUUGAGUCCCGAAGAUAAACAAUGGUUACUAAAAUUGAAAUCAAUUGGAUUUGAAGAUAAAUCAUUAUGGAAGAUCUUUGUUUUAAGAGAUUAUAUUCAACAUGUUAGUAAAAUACCACCAUCACCAUCAUCAUCAUUUGAGCUGAUAAUCAUCCCACCCAAAAAUGAAUUCUUAGAUAUUAUAUACAAGUCAGAAAAAAUGACUUCCCUAAACGGACUGAAAAAUGAACAAUUCGUCAUUAAAUCUGAGGAUUCUGUAUCGUUAAGAAGUCUCGAAAAAUUACAUAAUUCAUUAGUACUUCCAAGUCUAGAAAAAGUAACUGCUUCAGUACAAACUAUAGAAGCCAAUGUAUUUGGUGAAAUGGAAUCAAGUAAUGGUACGGUCCCAGCUAGAUCUUGGGCUAACAAUCCUCAUACUUUACGUAAAACAUUCAAAAUUGAUAAUACAAAUUCAAAAAUUAUAACAUGUCAAUUUACUCAUACUUAUGUUGGCAAAAAUCCUUUUAUAAUAAAACAUUUACAAAAUUUAUCAUUUACUCCAACUUUGAAUGAUUUUGCUGAGUUUGGAAGAAUCGUAAAAGCAAAGCUAAUUGAAUUUACUCCUCAAUUACAAGACUUGAAUAUUCAUAGAACAAGUGAAGAAAUUGAUCCAUACACAUGUUUAUCCAUGUCACCUACUUCAGAAUUAUUUGUAACAGGUUCAGAAAAUGGGAUGUUAAGAUUGUGGGAUAUUUCAAAAUUAAAUACCAUUAGCAGGUCUAAAAAUUCAGAACAAUUAUUGAAAUUAAAUUCAAGAAUUACGACUAUAACAUUUUUACAAAAUAGAUUGUGUAUAAUUGUUACAACAAGAGAUGGCAUUUUAAGAGUAUUCAGAAUUGAUGUUAGUAGAAACAAGAAUAGGAAAAUUGUUAAAUACUUGAAACCAGUUUUGAUACGUCAAAUAUUUAAUGAAUCAAUACUUACAAAUGUGUCGAAUAAUGAUAAUUAUAUCUUUGCAAUUGAUUACCAACUGAAAAUAAACGUAUUUGAUUUGAUUACUUUGGAUAAAUUAUUUGUCUUACAAAAUCCCUUAUCUUAUGGAGUGAUAACAUCAUUUAUAACAGGAAAUAACAAAAAUAGUUGGAUAUUAAUUGCAACAAAAGAAGGAAUAUUGACAUUAUGGGAUUUAAGAUUUAAAAUAUUAUUAAAGUCAUACCAAAUUCAAAUUGAUUCAAAUGGUCAUAAGUCCAUAAUCAACGAGAUAAACUCAAUGGAAGUUAUCGAAAAACAAACCAAUAAAUUAUUACUGUCCAAAGAUAAUGAAAAUCAAUUAAUAUCAAUCAAAAUCAAUAAAUUAUCAAUGACAUUAAUUUUUGAAGUAUCUACAUUAGAAUGUAAGAAAAUUAUUCAAAAUGAAAACAUCCAAAACUACAAAUGUAAAUUAAUUGAAAUUGAUAAAAGGCACCUCAAAAUUGAAGAAAUAAUUGAUAAUUUAAAUCUAGAAAGUAUUUAG